CGCUGCCUCUGCUUCAGCACCAGAGCCCGGACAGCGGCGCCGCCCACGGGCAUGGACGAUGGUAGCAGCCCCAGCAGCUGCAGUGAUCCUCUCCUUGCUAGUUUCGGUACCGGCGAGCACCGGCCUGAGGGGAAUACAUUAGCCCCAGAAGGCAGCCGCCGCCGGAACAAGUAGGAAGAGCCCUUCCGUAGAUUCCGCUGGAAGAUCUUCUCAGCACGCCUGCAUCAGCAAUUCUCUGGAACCCUCUGCCUCUCUCUGCGGCUCCCCAGAGACCAUGGAUACUACGCAGGCAUAAGGACUUGUUCAACUCCAUAGAAGAAACACGAGCAUGCUCCUGUUGAAUUAGGUCAGACCAAAGGCAUGGCUCCUGAGGCAAGCCCAGAGAGAAGCUGCUCCCUCCACACCUGUCCCCUUGAAGACCCAACAGGUGAGGCAGUCUCGGCGCCCACAGUCUCCACCCUCCAGGCUGUGGACCCAACCAGCCCGCUAACCGCUGGACAUUUUGCCUUUCCACGAGCACCUCAAGACUAUCAAGAAGGCAGUUCCUUACUAGGGUUGGGCGAUCAAGCCUCUCUGUGUGCUCAUGUCUCCAACCUCAGCACGGCCAUAGACCCUGCACAGCAUGAUGGGGUCUGGAAGCCGCCUUCCGUCCAGCGCCACGUGGUCAGCGUCAGGCAGGAACGCACUUUCCGGAUGCCAAAGAGCUAUUCCCAGCUGAUAGCCGAGUGGCCAAUGGCUGUGCUGCUGCUGUGUCUGGCCUUCAUCUUCCUCUGUACCCUAGCUGGGCUGUUGGGAAGUCCUCCACUUGACUUUUCUGAGCCUUUACUGGGUUUUGAACCUCGAGACACAGAGAUCAGCAGAAAGCUGGAAGUCUGGAAAGCGAUGCAGGCUCUCACUGGCCCCAGGAAUCUGUUUUCUCUUUCCCCAGACCCUGAGAUGAACAGCUCAAACCUCCUCAGCACCCUGAGCCCUGCAGCCUGGGGCAGGGCUGAGGAGAGUGUGGUCCGGACCAAGAGGAUGGUGGAGCCCAUGGAAGACAAAGAAGAGGACAAUUUCUUUUGCGGUCCUCCUGAGAAGAGCCAUGCAAAGCUGGUGUUUGUAUCCACCUCUGGGGGAAGCCUGUGGAACCUGCAAGCCAUCCACUCCAUGUGUCGCAUAGAACAGGAGCAGAUCCGCUCUCAUAUCAGCUUCGGGGCUCUGUGCCAGCGAUCGGCAGCCAAUGAGUGCUGUCCCAGUUGGUCCCUGGGCAACUAUCUGGCUGUGCUGUCCAACCGCUCCUCCUGCCAGGACACAACCCAAGCUGAUGCAGACCGCACGCUGGCCCUGCUUCGGUUUUGCGCCACCUUCUACCAUCGCGGUGUCCUGGUGCCUGCUUGUAUGGGCUCCGGGCAGAACAAGCCCCCGUUUUGUGCCCAAGUUCCCACCAAGUGUACCCGGAGCAGCGCUGUCUAUCAGCUCCUGCACUUCCUGCUAGACAGAGACUUCCUGAGUCCCCAGACUGCAGACUACCAGGUGCCCUCCCUCAAGUUCGGCCUGCUCUUCCUGCCCAUUAUAAAAACUUCCUCCCUGCUAGAUAUUUACCUGGAUGGCCUUGCUGACCCCGUCAAGGUCUCUGACAACUAUACAUCUAUCAGUGGCAUGGACUUGGGCCUCAAGCCUAGACUGCUGAAGUACUACCUGGCCGAAGAUACCAUGUACCCCUUGCUGGCCCUGGUUGUCAUCUUCUUUGGUAUGUCCCUCUACCUGCGUUCACUCUUCAUCACGUUCAUGUCACUGCUGGCGGUGCUAGGCUCCCUAAUGGUGGCCUUCUUUCUUUACCAUGUUGCAUUCCGCAUGGCCUACUUCCCCUUUGUCAAUCUAGCCUCCCUCCUUCUGCUUAGUGGCGUCUGUGUCAAUUACACGCUCAUCUUCUUCGACCUGUGGCGCCUCAGCAGGGGCCAGGUGCCCUCCGGGGGUCUAGCGCAUCGUGUGGGCCGCACCAUGCACCACUUUGGCUACCUGCUUCUGGUCUCAGGCCUCACCACCAGCGCGGCCUUCUACGGCAGCUACCUGAGCCGCCUGCCCACCGUGCGUUGCUUCGCUCUUUUCAUGGGCACUGCUGUGCUAGUGCACAUGGGGCUCACAUUAGUCUGGCUUCCUGCCACCGUUGUGCUCCAGGAGCGCUACCUGGCACGAGGCUGUGUGUCCCAAGCGCAGGGCCAGAGGGGCGGUAGCGCCCCCUUGCGGCUGUUGCUGGCGUUGCACAGACGGAUCCGCAUUCUUCGCAGGAUUUUUUCUAUCCUUUCGCGACUGCUCUUCCAGCGCCUGUUGCCCUGCGGCGUCAUAAAAUUUCGGUACAUCUGGAUCUGCUGGUUCGCGGCGUUGGCGGCAGGGGGCGCCUACAUCGGCGGCGUCAGCCCACGCCUGCAACUGCCCAUUCUUCUACCACUUGGAGGCCAGGUCUUCCGGUCUAGCCAUCCCUUUGAGCGCUUUGAUGCUGAAUACCGCCAGCAGUUCCUGUUCGAGGAUCUGCCUCCAAACGAGGGUGGCAACUUGCCAGUAGUUCUGGUGUGGGGAGUCCUGCCAGUGGACACUAGUGAUCCCCUGGACCCUCGCAGCAACAGCUCAGUAGUGAGCGAUCCUGACUUCGCACCCAGCAGCCCCGAGGCCCAGGAGUGGCUCCUGGCACUCUGCCAUGGAGCCCGGAAUCAGAGCUUCUUUGGAGAUCAGCCAGAGGGUUGGCCUACGCUGUGUUUAGUGGAAACCCUCCAGCAGUGGAUGGAAAGCCCCAGCUGUGGCCGCCUGAGUCCCGAUCUAUGCUGUGGCCAGUCAGAAUUCCCCUGGGCUCCCCAGCUUUACCUGCACUGUCUCAAGAUGAUGGCUCUGGAGCAAAGUCCUGAUGGCACCCGUGACCUGGGACUCCGCUUCGAUGCUCAUGGCAACCUGGCCGCUCUGGUUCUGAAGUUCCAGACCAAUUUACCAUACAGUACAGAGUACGGCCCAGUUCACCACUUCUACACCGAGGUCAGCCGCUGGUUGUCUACAGAGCUGGCCAAGGCACCUCCGGGCCUCACCCAGGGUUGGUUCACCAGUACCUUGGAGCUGUACAGCUUGCAGCAUAGCCUAAGCACAGAGCCUGCUGUGGUGCUGGGUCUGGCUCUGGCCCUGGCCUUUGCCACACUGCUCCUGGGUACCUGGAAUGUUCCCCUCAGCUUGUUCUCUGUGGCAGCUGUGGCUGGCACCGUGCUGCUCACCGUGGGCUUGCUGGUCCUACUCGAGUGGCAGCUCAACACUGCCGAGUCCCUCUUUCUCUCGGCCUCCGUGGGCCUCUCUGUAGACUUAACCGUCAACUACUGCAUCUCGUAUCACUUGUGCCCGCACCCCGACCGCCUGAGCCGCGUGGCCUUCUCCUUGCGCCAGACCAGCCGCGCCGCAGCAAUGGGGACCGGCGCGCUGUUUGCCUCCGGGGUGCUCAUGCUGCCUUCCACCAUUCUGCUUUAUCGAAAGCUGGGCAUCAUCGUCAUGAUGGUCAAGUUUGUCGGCUGUGGAUUCGCCAGCUUCUUCUUCCAGUCCCUGUGCUGUUUCUUCGGGCCAGAGAAGAACUGUGGGCAGAUCCUGUGGCCCUGUGCUCACCUGCCAUGGGACGCCGGGACUGAGGAGCCUGAUGAGAAGGGACGGACAGGGCCACCCGGGUUCUCGGAGCACUAUGAGCUGCAGCCCCUGGCACGGCGCCGGAGCCCCAGCUUCGACACCAGCACGGCCACCAGCAAGCUGUCCCACCGGCCUUCCAUACUCUCUGAAGACCUGCAGCUGCAUGAUGGCAGCUGCUGCCACGGGCAGACACCCGCCCCUCCCUCCCCAAGGGAUCUGCUUCUGGACCACCAGACAGUCUUCAGCCAGUGCCCAGCUCUGCAGACUUCUUCUCCUUAUAAGCAAGCCGGUCCCAACCCCCAAACCUGGAUCAGGCAGGACUCCCAGGGACAGAAAGCGGAGCCCUUGCAGGCCCUGCCAGAAGGCCCUGCCCACUGCCCCAACCCCAAAGUUGAAGAGCUCCCAGACUCUUCAGCCAGCACCCUGGAGGGGCUCAGCGCCUCUGAUGACACCUACGCCUCGGAGCCCAGUGCCCGUGUGCCAGAUUCUGUAGGCACCUCACCGGAAGCCGUGAAUGGCACUGGACACCCCGUACUUGAGCGGGGCCAGCUGAACGGGAAGCGUGACACUCUCUGGCUGGCACUGAAGGAGACCAUCUAUGACCCAAAUCUGCCCAACUCUCACCAUUCUAGCUUAUCCUGGAAGGGCCGUGGGGGGCCGGGUGACCUCAGCCCGGUGGUACUUCCCAACAGUCAGCCAGAUCUUCCCGAUGUUUGGCUUCGUAGGCCUAGCACCUACACCUCUGGCUACAGCAGCUGAGAGAACCCAGGGAAGGCCAGACGUGGGUCCAGAACCCUGUUGGUGAAAAUAAGGCAGAGGCCACACUAGCUUAGAGCCGGAAGGGAUUUCUCCACAUCGACAUGGUGUCUCACCCUCCAACUAUGGAUUCUCAACCCUGCCAGAUGUCCCAGCCUCCAUCUCUUUGCUACUUAACCCCUACGUCUGGAGUUCUCAGCGGGAGGGCCUUGCAAGGUGAUACCAGGCUCUCCCUGUAAGGAGCUGAGGGCUCACCUGCCCGCACAGUGCCAACAAGGACUCCUCCUCUGGAAAAGAGGGGAGGCUGGUCAUUUUUCUCCCAGGUGGCAAGAAGUUCAGUGAUGUUAAAGUACCCCAUCUUUGGGUCCUAUCAGGGUACCUCACUAACAAUAAACGCCCUUAGCCUCCACAGCCUGCUGAAUCUCACCCCUUCCCAUCGGAUCGUAAUCAGGAUACUUCACUUCAGGGGGAGCUUUUCUGGACCAGAAUUGAACCUAGGCCUCUGUCCUGCACUGCCCUGCUCUCGUCACGCUUGCUGAUGUGACUAAACACUCUCCAAAGGCAGGACAGAGAGGGCGGCGGGGGGGGGGGGGG